CCUCUCCGGCCCCGCCCCGCUGCUCACAAUCCGCGGGUCGGCUGCCCCAGAGAGCCAGAGCUGAUACUAGGCGUACUGCCCGCGCUGCCGGCCCCUAGCUCUGCUGCUCUUGCCGGGCCGGGCGGCGGGCCAUGUUCCGGGCUGUGGCCGCUGCGCAAACCCAGGCCUGGCGAUGAGGAGCGGCGCCGAGCGCAGGGGCAGCAGCGCCGCGGCGCCCCCGGGCUCGCCUCCUCCCGGUCGCGCGCGCCCUGCGGGCUCCGAUGCGCCCCCCGCCCUGCCGCAGCCCGCAGCCAGCCAGCCCCGGGCCCGGGACGCCGGCGAUGCCCGCGCGCAGCCGCGCCCCCUGUUUCAGUGGAGCAAGUGGAAGAAGAGGAUGUCUAUGUCGUCCAUAUCGGCAGCCAGCACGCGGAGGCCGGUGUUUGACGACAAGGAGGACGUGAACUUCGACCACUUCCAGAUCCUUCGAGCGAUUGGGAAGGGCAGCUUUGGCAAGGUGUGCAUCGUGCAGAAGCGAGACACUGAGAAGAUGUAUGCCAUGAAGUACAUGAACAAGCAGCAAUGCAUCGAGCGUGAUGAGGUCCGCAAUGUCUUCCGGGAGCUGGAGAUCCUGCAGGAGAUCGAGCAUGUCUUCCUGGUGAACCUCUGGUAUUCAUUCCAAGAUGAGGAGGACAUGUUCAUGGUGGUGGAUCUGCUUCUGGGUGGAGACCUGCGCUACCACCUACAGCAGAAUGUCCAGUUCUCAGAGGACACAGUGAGGCUGUACAUCUGUGAGAUGGCCCUGGCCCUGGACUACCUGCGUAGCCAGCACAUCAUCCACAGAGAUGUCAAGCCUGACAACAUUCUCCUGGAUGAGCAAGGACACGCACACCUGACCGACUUCAACAUUGCCACCAUCAUAAAGGAUGGGGAGAGGGCGACAGCUUUAGCUGGGACCAAACCAUACAUGGCUCCAGAGAUCUUCCACUCUUUCGUCAACGGCGGGACUGGCUACUCCUUCGAGGUGGACUGGUGGUCGGUGGGGGUGAUGGCUUACGAGCUGCUACGAGGAUGGAGGCCCUAUGAUAUCCACUCGAACAACGCUGUGGAGUCGCUCGUUCAGCUGUUCAGCACUGUGAGUGUCCAGUAUGUGCCCACCUGGUCCAAGGAGAUGGUGGCCCUGCUUCGGAAGCUCCUCACCGUGAACCCUGAGCACCGGUUUUCCAGUCUCCAGGACAUGCAGACAGCUCCAUCGCUGGCCCACGUGCUCUGGGAGGACCUGAGUGAAAAGAAGGUGGAGCCGGGCUUUGUGCCCAAUAAAGGCCGCCUGCACUGUGACCCCACCUUCGAGUUGGAGGAGAUGAUCCUGGAGUCAAGGCCUCUGCACAAGAAGAAAAAGCGGUUGGCUAAGAACAAGUCUCGGGAUAGCAGCAGGGACAGUUCCCAGUCGGAGAAUGAGUACCUGCAAGACUGCCUGGAUGCUAUCCAGCAAGACUUUGUGAUUUUUAACCGAGAAAAGCUGAAGAGGAGCCAGGAACUCAUGAACGAGCCUCUCCCAUGCCCCGAGACUUCAGAUAUGACAGAUUCCACCGCAGACAGCGAGGCAGAGCCCACAGCCCUGCCCAUGUGUGGCUCCAUCUGCCCCUCAUCUGGGAGCAGCUAGGCCAUCUGGACUGUGUCCAAGGGCAGUUCUCUCUCAGGCUGCUUUGAAGACUCAGGACGGCCAGGAGGAGGCAGCAGUGGGGCAAAGACCUGACCGCCCAGCCUGCCCGUGAGGCAGUCAGUAUGGUGAAGCUGCUGGGAGCCAUGGGUGCCCGUCGAGAGUGGUGGUUGGGCGAGGAAGGCCCUGGGUACCUAGACCAUGGUUACUUGCAACAUAGAGGGAGUCCGGCAGCCGUCAUGAUGGCUGGCCCCUCUAACUGUAGGCUGGCAGAUUGCAGAUGGCCGGAGUGGUACAUUGGGGCAGUGGUACAUUGGCUUUCUGGACCCUUUUGGAAUUGGCUGUACAUAGCCGUGUGGCCAGUCUUUGCUGUGGCCUGGCCAGAAUGUCCCUGAGCUUGCUGCUCAAGGCUGUGGGGGUGGGAACAGGUCUUGCUGAUUCUGAUAAUGUCAUUGAGGGUGGGGGUUUGGGGAGGGAGUGGGUGGGAUGGCAAAGAACGUUUUCUAGAGAUACACGCUGCUCUGGCAAUUUCUGCAAUUUGUGUAUAGUUUUCACCUCUGAGAAUUACAGUCUAAGAACUGC